CAGCCUGCGCUCCUCAUGAAGCGGCCUAGGCAGCCGAGUGGCUCCGACGGGGAGUCCGACGGACCCAUCGACGUGGGCCGCGAGGGCGAGCUUAGAAUAUGCAGCCUGGCCAGUGACCUGCCAGGUCACACAAAGACCAUGGACAGCAUGGAAGAUGGAAGGAGAGACAGACUGUGGGCUGUGAAGGCACCCAAACAGCCAGAUGGCCAGGCCGCUGUCCACCCCCAGCCCUUCGCAGAUUCAAGCCAGGAAGAAACGCAGAGGGAUCAUAGAAAAACGGCGCCGAGACCGAAUCAACAGCAGCCUUUCUGAACUUCGGCGCUUGGUCCCCACUGCCUUCGAGAAGCAGGGCUCCUCCAAGCUGGAGAAAGCCGAGGUCCUGCAGAUGACGGUAGAUCACUUGAAAAUGCUCCACGCCACUGGUGGCACAGGAUUCUUUGAUGCCCGAACCCUGGCAGUCGACUUCAGGAGCAUAGGUUUCCGGGAGUGCCUCACUGAGGUCAUCAGGUACCUGGGGGUCCUGGAAGGACCCAGCAGCCGUGCCGACCCUGUCCGGAUUCGCCUUCUCUCCCACCUCAACAGCUACGCAGCCGAGAUGGAGCCUUCACCCACACCUGCCAGCCCCUUGGCCUUCCCUGCCUGGCCCUGGUCCUUCUUCCCCUGUCCAGGGCUGUCAGCGCCCAGCAGCCAGCUCGCCAUCCUAGGAAGAGUGCCGGGCCCCGUGCUCCCCAGCGCCUCCUCUCUUACUUACCCCAUCCCAGCCCUCCGAACCGCUCCUGUGCGCAGGGCCGCUGGCACCGUCCUGCCAGCCCGGAGGAAUUUGCUGCCCAGUCGAGGGGCAGCUUCUACCCGGAGGGUCCGCCCUCUGGAGAGGCCAGCUGUCCCCCUGCCCAUGACCCCCAGCAGCAGGGCUGCCAGGAGCAGCCACAUGGCACCCCUCUUGCGGUCUUCUUCCCCGACACCCCUCGGUGUCAGGAGGUCCCUGGCUUAUGCCACCGUUCCGGCCCCCAGACCCUCUUCCCCCAGGUCUGCUGGGCGGCCUGCAGGGGCCGUGCUGUGCCACUCGUGGGUCUCUGAAAUCACAGACGUCGGGGCUUUCUGAGCCGUCUUCCCCGGGAGCAAGGAGAAUUCUUUUUCCAGGAGCCCUGAGAGUGGCUGUGCCUCUCGGCCCUGCCUCCCAGGCUGGCGGGGGGCGUCUUCGCCGGCAGAGGCCCCUCUUCACUGCUUGUCCCCGCCGCCCCGCCCAGCCCUGCUGGCGCUGUUCUGAUCUCAGGCUUGGCCUCACUUCUUACCUGGACAGAUGAACCCCUGAAGAGCCCUGAGGCUCUGCCCAGGCCUGUCCUGCCCGUGUCCAUGGGCAGUAGGCAUGAAUUUCAGCUCGGGGAACAAAGCUUUUACCUCAAGAGCACAGUGGCCUGAGGCUGGCUGCUUCCCAAGAGAGAUCAGACCCCAGCCAGGAGCAAGGACUGACCGGCUGCAGCCUCCCCAGGCCCACGGGGCCGGGCGUAGUGUCUGCCUUGCUUCUGAGACAGCAGAGGAUCAGGCGCCACAAAGGGGUUUCCUGGGAGCGCUGUCUGCCCCUGCCCCCUGUCUUUGGCCCACCCCAUCACAGCAAACCGCAGGACAGACCCGCUGUCCACCACAGCCAAGGCCUGGGGGGGGGGGGCAGAAGGGCCUGCUCCUGCCUCCUCCCAGCUGCAGACACCCACCCUCCAGCUGACCAGCAGCUCCCUGCACACGCUGGGAGUUUCCCCGCAGCAGCACAGCUCCGCCACAGGGGGUCUGUCCUUCCCGCCAGGCCUGGGACAGCACUCUCAGACAGGAGCCAGGACAGCAGAGCCCAGCUCUCCGCCUCCUGCACUGUCACCCUCCCCAGGCAUGUGGUCCCUGCUCGGUGCACCGUGUGGACAGCCAUGUUCCCACGUGAUGGCGCCCAGAGAGGAGUCCUCUUGGGACUCAGAACCAGACGUUUGUGCCGCCUGGUUUGCAUCCGGCUCGCGGAGCCAAGGCUGCUGGGACAGCCAAGGCCUGUCAGGCUGGCCGAAAAUAACUACGGGGAGGGGCGAGAGGAAGAACAGUCGGAGGUGGCCUGGCCCGGCAAGGUCACAGUGAGUCCAGGGCCUGAGAGCCUAGUCACCCAGGAUUCCACGCAGCUGGCUGUGCUCAGAGGCCAUUGCCUUACCCAGCUCCAGGCCACUGCUCCCCGCGCAGAGGGAACAGAUGACCCAGCCACCAUUCUCCGCGGGAGAGAAGAGUGGACGAGAUCGGGGCAGACCCAGGACUGCCAUUCAGCAGGGCCAGUGUUGCCAGACCUGUUGUUAAAAUGUAGAAACACACCUGUGCUCGAUGGCCUAUACCUGCAUCCCCCGAGUGGCUCCAAGUGUCCCCACCACAUGGCUUUGCCCCCAGAACCCUGUGCCUGGCAGACCCAAGGUCAUGGGGCCCUGCAGCCAGCAAUGUGUUUGUUGGUGCUUAAUUUCACACUGGUUAUUAAAUACUUCAAAUGUCACCCCUGGAAAUAUUCUCCCACCCUCACCCUUUGAUGGAACUACCCUCCCCAGAGGCUAAAUUGAGGAGACUCCCUGGGUUCAAAAGUAGAGUUUGCAGAAACCCUAGGGAAAAAGAGCCCUUUCGGAGAAGUAGGGCAGAGGGCAGAGAUCUUUAAACGACCCAGAAAGCUCCUUUGAAAAGGCAGAUUCCUCAAGGGGGCGUAGAGAGCUCGUCAUUCUUUCAGUCCUCAGCUUAGUCCCAUCAGAUGGCUCCCUCCUGCACCCCUGAGAUGCACAGCCUUGGGGCGAGGGGUCAUUUGGAGGAGUGGGCGCUGGCCUGGAGUGCUCCUGAGGGAGCCGGAGGGAGGGCAGGGCCAGCAGCAGGCUCCUGGGAAUUGAGACGGGAAGGGGCGUGGCAGAGGGUGAGACCAACUCCACCUUUCCCUCUCCUCUUCACCCCCCUUCUGCCCCUCUUCCUCCACCACCCCCCAGGUCAGUCUGGUAGUUUGGUGACUUCCUAAGCCCCAGCAUGACUCCUGAUGGGGCUAUGGGAACCUCACGUCCAUGUUCCCAGCACUCAACUCGAAAAGAACCUGUUGACACCAUUGCAUGAGGUGGAAAUGGCCCAGAAUGUUCAGCAUCUUCGCUGAUCUUGGGUUCGUUCUCCCCGAGAGAUUGUGGGGAGACUGACCAUUGUUUCUGUGGUUGAGAAUUUGUAUCUUUGGUUCAUAUUCCCAAGCCUUUCUGGUGCCCCCAACUCCCACCCCGUUGCUGGGGUUG